UUGCAGUUGUACCUGCGUUACCUGUACGCCGUCGCGAUCGCGAAUUCGUUUCCGCAUCGCAAACAUGUUCGCUUUUUAACAAAUCACUCCUUCUCGUCAACAUUUUCCUUUUUCAAGAAUAUUGCAUUAUCUCUUCAAGUUUGAAAGAUGCGGCGAGGAUCCGUCAGCAGUUGGCAGUCCUAUGGACAGCGAAAUUCCGACUGUAUGAUGGAAACGUAUUCCGGUAAUACCGCGUUAGCUUCACCUACCGAAGAAAUUACCCACCAACGGAAGGGCGGCUGGUUUUUAACGUACAAGAAACUCAUUUCCUUUGUUGUCCUAAUUGUAAUUGCUGUAAUCGUCGCGGGUAUAAUCGGGUGGAAUAUCGGCACGAUGCCUAAAACAAGAAUAUAUGACCCAUUAGAGCUGAUUGAGGGUGAGACGGAGGAAGAUGACAUUAUUGUCGUCUCGAUAUCGCCUUUUGUUCAUCCCUUGAAAUAUGAUCUCGAAUUGACGCCACCAAGCGACGUCAACGCGACGUCGAAUCUGAAAGGACGAGUCAUUAUCAAAUUCCGCGUCGAUGGCACACCAUCCUUAAGCAAAUUAUCUCUCAAUGCGAGGAACAUCACGGCAACACGUUAUAAGCUAUCGCUCAUAGAAGAGAACAAUGCGCGAGCAAAAAGAAGACGUAGAAGACGCGUCGAAGAUGACAAUAAAGGCAAUCAAACUAUGGAAUGGAAACCAGUGGACGCCGACAAUGUUACCACAAUGCCUCCUCUCUCCGUGACAUCUGCUCAAUUGGAAAAUCAGGAAACAACGCGCGUAGAUGUCUAUCCUUCAGGAAACGUGACCUUCUUCGGCAAUGAAACCUCUUCUUCGAAGAACGAGAGCACGUUCGUGACCGAUGGACAAUCUAGGGAAUCCGCAAAUACAACGAUGUCUGAAUCGACGACAUCUGGACCAGGGACAUUACCCACGGUAACUUUCAAUAACAGAAGCGUAACCGAGGUAGUGAUCCAUCAAUACGAGGAGGAUGCUAAUAACGGAUUACAUGUAAUACAUCCGGCCGUUGCCAUAAGUCCGGGAACGUACAGCUUGGAGAUCGAUUAUGAGAUUAUGCUUGACGGUAAGGCGAUUUAUUCGGCAAGCUUCGGCGAGUCUGGUGAAGAAAGAUCCUUGAUCGGGACGCGAUUGAAGCCUUUAGAAGCAUCGCGUCUUCUGCCUGUUUUCGAUGACGUGAAACUCAAGGCUGUCUUCUCGAUGUCCAUGGCACGUCCACACAGAGCGAGAGUCCUUUCAAACAUGCCUCUCAAUAUCUCGAGAAGCACAUUGGACAAUCAGGAGAUCGACACUUUCAAUGAUACCCCAUUGUUGUCACCUUACAAUCUGGCUUUCGUAAUGGGUGAGAUCGAAUCGUUGAGCGAAACAAUGGUGGGGUCCGAAAAUAAAACGACGGUAACUUUCUGGGGCGAUCCAAAGAAACGAUCACGAGGGAUAUAUCUUUAUGACAAACUUGAUCAAGUAGUUACACAUUUAAACAACAUGUUCUCGAUGCCUUAUCCGCUACCGAAAUUAGAUAUCGUUGCAUUACCACCACGGAUCAUUGAUAACGCUGGAAGCUUGGGAUUAAUAUCGAUGAAGCAAUCGCUCUUCUACGUCGCGGAUCGAUCUCCCAUGGUCACGAAGACAGACGCGUUAAGCGCUCUGAUAAGCUUGAUAGAAGAACAAUGGCUGGGCGGUGUUGUGAACAUGAAGAACUGGUCGGACGUUUGGCUUCUAGAAGGCUCCAUGAUUCAUUUGCGACAUGCGAUGAUCGAAAAGAUAGACUUGUCACUGGACUCCAAUCAUGCUUUCCUUGCCGACAUUCAAUGGGAUGCCAUGGAAGAAGAUAGUUACAGCGUUUCAAGAUCGUUGCAAUCGAACGUCAAUCCUGCUCAUCUGGAGUUUUCAGACGACAAUGCUCGACAUGAGAAAGGUGCAUGCUUGAUUCGCAUGUUGCAUGGCGUGAUAAACGAUACUGCCUUUAGGAACGGCUACCGGAAAUUUAUAGCGAGGUGGAGCUACUCGACAGCAAAUGUCGAUGAUUUUUGGGAAGCGAUGGCGGAAGAAACUGUUGGUUUACCCGCAGAAAUUACUCUGUCCGAAAUGAUGAAUUCAUGGAUCAUGAAUCAUGGAUAUCCACUUGUUAGCGUUACGAGAGAUUACAAGAAGGGCACAGCCGUUAUUAGACAGCAAAGAUUUACGUACGAUCAAUCGUCAUCUGACACUCAACCAACGUGGUACAUACCGCUUGACUAUAUUAACAAAACGAGGAAUGAUUGGUCAUCUCCGACGAAGACGUGGUUAUAUUCCAAAGAGGAAAUAGUGGUGCAUGAUGUUGGUGCUCAAGAUUCUUGGGUCGUGUUCAAUGUGAAUAAAACAGGUUAUUACCGUGUACAUUAUGACGAGGAAAAUUGGAAGCUCCUGGCGCAAGCCCUCGAGGAAGAUCACGAGGUCUUUCCAGCAGAAACCAGAGCAUCGCUCGUCGACGAUGUUCUCGGGCUCGCCGCGGUCGGCUUGGCGAAAUACUCGACCGCUUUCGACUUUAUUAAAUAUAUGCAAAUGAAGGAACGACAUUACGCUCCUUGGGGUGUCCUAAUGCGUCAUCUGUUGAAAUUGAACGGUCUUCUUUAUGAAACGUCAGGCUUCGGCGCCUUUCAGGAGUUUACAUUGAAAUUCACAUCAAAAUUAUAUUCAGACGUGGGAUGGAAGAUUGAUGAGGGAUCUGGACUAACUUUGACUGCCCUAAAAAUAGCAUGCGCGUUCGAAAACGAUGAGUGUCUCGAAUGGUCCAAAAAUCAUUUUGCAAAACUAAAAGAUCAUUCCGAUGCGGACGACGUCGUUCCAGCGUACGCACGCGAAGUGCUGUAUUGUACGAUUGCGAGAUAUGGCACGCGAAACGAAUGGAAUUACUUCGUUGAAAGGGCAAAUUCUACAGCAGAUCAAGAAGAAAGAAAUCGUCUUUUAUCAGCGUUUGCGUGUUUCCAGACACCGUGGAUUCUACAAUCACUACUUAGCGAGCUUCUCGAAGGGAAGAUCUAUAGCGAAGACGAGACACAAAGGAUCUUAAGAAGUUUCCCGCAAAAUCCAGUUGCCGCGCAACUCACUCUCAAGUUUGUGCGAAAUAAUUGGCAGACUCUUGUCAAGAGAUUCUCGAAAUCUCGACCGAUCUUGAAAGCUUUCGCGAUGGCAACGAUGAACGGUUUAAUGAGCAAGGAAGAUCUCGAUGACUUUCAGACUUUCAGCGAGGAUAAUCUCGAGAGCAUAAAAAACGUGGGAUAUACCAUGGCGAUGGUCGAGGCGCAUGCUAAUUUCGCGAUAGAAUGGUUGAAGGAAUCCUUGCCGGAAGUGCAGGAGUGGCUAACAGCGAAUAACGCCACAGAGGUACCCACGUGAAUAUUCGAGAAAUAUCGUUCCAGGUUGCAAUAGGGAUGAAGGAGACUCUAUGUGUACGAUUCUCGAUUCACGAUUUCGUACACGACGUGUGCCUGCGUGCGAAAAGAGAACUGUGAGGAUUUUUCUACGACAACAAGUUUUAUUUUUCCGUAUGCUUUUGUCAAGCAUGAUUACAAAACCAAGCAACAAGAAUCUCGUCCUUAUAUCGUUUAGCCUUAGAACGACGGUCGUUAGU